CAAAACCCCUCCCAGCAGAUGACACACACAUGCUUUGCCAAUGGAUAUAUGUUAACAAGGUGCAGUUCAUAAAACAACUAAAAAUGAAGCCUAUCAUUGGAAGUUUGUGUUGAAAUGUCAUGAGCAGAUUUGCUUAAUACCAAACCAAUGGGAUUUUAGUCUGUCCAAAUGGAGAUGCAUUAGUGUGUAAAAGCAUGUGAUUAAAAUCUUAUCAGGACACAAGUACAGAUUUCCAUUACUUAUUAGCUAUUUUAGCCUUCUUGCCUCAGUGCGAAGAAAAGAAGCUAAAAAAAAAAUCUUCAGAUAACAAACGUGAAACAUUGCAUAUUUGUCCAUCUUGACCAAGCUAUAUCUUUAAGAUCCCAGUUUUUUGGGCGUGACACAGUUUAUGCAGACUCAAGUUCGCCAAGUUACACGCAGAGUUACGGAAAGUUCAGAAUGUAAAUCAAUUAAGUAGAAGAAAAGGACUGGACGAGAAGCUGCUCUUGACUUUAUUUUAUGGCCAGCUUUUAAGUUUCCUGAAGUUCUGCUGCUAUAAACAAAUCAGGAAUCACCUCUUAUCACGUGAAGUGAUACACAAUGGAAAGAGUUCAGCGUGACCGAAUUUGCAUGAAACACUAGCUUUUGAUUACAAGACAAGCCCCUUUGGACAUUGGAGGCUAUUUCUGGUGAAAUGAGAAGCUGAGACGACGUAGUUGGUGAAGAGGACACAGUUAUAGACCUCUUUCCUUAGACACUAAGACUCUCGUUUUAGACAGAACAUGGUCUGGAGACCUACACCCUGAACGGCGUUAGAUCGGUUGCUUUUUUGACUUCUUUCUCCCUUUUUAAAGAAAUUUUUUGAAAUUAUUGAACCAGGUUGCAGGAAUGGGUCUGUUCGUGUCUCCUUUUGAUAACUUGCUGUGCAUGUUGCUGGGCAUCUCCUUGACCGUGUGGUUCACUCUACUGCUGGUGUUCAUUAUCGUGCCGGCUAUAUUCGGCGUGUCCUUCGGCAUCCGGCGACUCUACAUGAACACCCUGCUCAAGGUAUUUGAGUGGGCCACAACGCGGAUCGAGAGAGGAGCCAAGGAGAAAAACCAUCUUGUGUAUAAACACUAUACGAACGGCAUAAUAGCCAAAGAGCCCACUUCUCUGGAGGAGGAGCUUAAAGAAAUCCGCCGUGUUGGCAGUAGCCGGGACUUGAAUGGCUCCUCCUCCUCCCCCACAGGCUCCUCCCCUUCUUCCUCAGAGUUUUCAGUGUCGGACAUCUUCUAUUUCUGCCGCCGUGGCGUCGAGAGCAUCGUGGAUGACGAAGUGACCAAACGCUUCACAGCCGAGGAGCUUGAGUCCUGGAACUUGCUUACACGCAGCAACUACAACUUCAGACACAUCAGCACACGGCUCACAGCGCUCUGGGGGAUAGGGCUGAUCAUCCGCUACUGCAUCCUGCUGCCUCUCAGGUUGACACUCGCCAUCACAGGUGUGACUCUUUUGGUCGUCCUCACCACCUUCGUCGGAUUUCUGCCCAAUGGGAGGAUGAAGAAUGUUCUCAGUGAAAAAGUGCAUUUGAUGUGUUACCGAGUUUGCGUGAGAGCGCUUACUGCAAUCAUCACUUACCAUCACAGUGAGAAUAAGCCUAAGAACGGAGGAAUCUGUGUUGCCAACCACACGUCACCCAUUGAUGUCCUCAUACUAGCCAGUGACAGCUGUUACGCAAUGGUGGGACAGAUCCAUGGAGGCCUGAUGGGAGUCAUUCAGAGGUCUAUGGUGAAGGCUUGUCCACACAUCUGGUUUGAACGCUCUGAAGUCAAAGACCGCCAUCUUGUGGCCAAAAGGUUGAGCGAUCAUGUUGAGGACAAAAGCAAACUCCCAAUCCUCAUCUUUCCCGAAGGUACCUGCAUCAACAACACGUCCGUGAUGAUGUUUAAGAAGGGAAGCUUUGAAAUCGCUUCAACAAUCUACCCAGUGGCCAUCAAGUAUGACCCUCGCUUCGGGGACGCCUUCUGGAACAGCAGCAAGUUCGGCAUGGUGAAUUAUCUCCUCCACAUGAUGAGCAGCUGGGCCAUCGUCUGCAGCGUGUGGUACCUCCCCCCCAUGAGCCGACAGGAAGACGAGGACGCCGUGCAGUUCGCAAACCGAGUUAAAGCAGCUAUCGCCAGACAGGGUGGCCUGGUGGACCUGCUAUGGGAUGGUGGCUUAAAGCGCAGCAAAGUGAAAGACACCUUUAAAGAAGAGCAACAGAAACUGUACAGCAAGAUUUUGGUGGGAGCUCACGAAGACCGCAGUCGCUCCUGAGGAAUGAAGGAUGACUGAGGUGAAGGGACAGGAAAGAAAUUGAAUCUUAAAAAAAAAAAACCAACCCAACCCAUCAGGAUUGCGUUGUGAGCCACGUCUUACAUGUGUUCUGGGAGAAGGGAUUUGAUUUUCACCAGUCAGUUCCUUCACUUAUUAUGUUUGACUCACCAAACAAAACAUGAUAAUUUAAUAAUGUGGCCACUCUGUAAAGUCUUUAAGCACACUUUCUCUAAGGUAAACGGGUUGCUAUCAUACGCUCAAAAACAAUGGUGUAGCAGCAGGACAUUGUUUUUUUUUUCUUUAUUUUUUAGCUUUGUUAAUCCAUUUUUUAUCACAUUCAAGUCCUAUUUAUAUUAUUAUUAUACUUCGUUUGUUACGGUAAGGUUUUUUUUUUUUUUUACUUUAUCUCUGCUGUGUGAAUAUAUGGGUCCUGUAGAUGUUUUACAGUAAAGAAGACAUCAACUCAAAUAGGCCCUAAUGCAAAUUAGUAAGUACGUUAUAAUAUUGUCACUGCUGAAUUCUCAAUUCUGAUUGGUCAAAAGGCGUUUUUCUACAAAAGCAGCUCUGAUAGUAGUUCCGGCUACAAAGGAAAUCACAGGUGUAAAUUAAUGGGCUUGUUUUAAUACGUCAUCGUUUCUAUAGUGACGACUCGUUCACAGGGACUUGUAUGAUGCACCACUCUACAUAAGAAACAAACAAGAAAGAUUCUUCGUUGUUGUUUAACAGUUGCUACGGUGACAUUUUCAUUUUCUGCAAGAGGAGGUGUUUAUUUAAUUAUUUUAUUAAUGGAAGGAGUCUGUAGUAACAGCAAGUAUGUUUUCCACCAUGGGAAAGUCUUCAGGGCUUUGAGGUUUCACGGUAACAUGACAAGCUGUGUGUUUUGGCUUAUUAAAUACAAGAGAAAGAAAGGGGAUCACAGUUUAUAGCUGAUGUAUUCCAUGUAAGAGCCCUUGGGAUAGAGCCUAAAGAAACAGUGGGUUGAAGACCUUGUUUACUUGUUCGUACAUGCAAAGUGCGUCUGUUCCACAGGUAGAGCAUCAAAAACUGAGUCGCUUUUCAGAAUUGCAAGCAUACAAGUGUUCAGCAUUUUCUGGUUACGCCACACCUCAUAAUGUCAUUCGUAAUGCUUUAAAGGUGCAAUUAUGUUUGGUGCUCACUGUAGGAAUAUUGCCAAUGUACUGCAAGAAUGUAAACAUGUAUGACAAGAUUAUGUUCAGUUCAGAAAUUUCAUAAAACAUCUGAGCAAAAAAAAUGCACAUGCACAUUCGUCCCAGUCCCAGUCCCCCCCCCAAAA